AUGGCGUUGGGAAUUAACCGCGUUCCUCUAUAUUUCUUGACACCAGAAAUAAGUGAAAGGAAGUGGGGGCCAGUCGCACCCGCGAGUCCUCAGCUUCAAUGCUGCUCUGUUCCUAAGGAGAGUGCAAUCUCGGUGCGGGCAAGGCAGAAACUAGGCUCUGGGAGACCCGUGCCGGCGGAAAGGUGGCGGGCCCGCGGGGAGCACCUGAGGGAACGGGGACAGCAGCAGGAGAGCUCGGGCAGGACUGGGCAGCUCAAGGGGAAGCUCUGGAGAGGCCGACACCAGAGAGGGGAGAAGGGGCGUGGGUCGGGGAUCUCCUCAGAGGGGCGUCGAGUGGGUGGCGCUGGAGGAGGUGCCACAGGGGCCCGGAAGAGGAGGGACGCUCACCGGGAGGAGGGGGUGCUCUUGGAGGGGUGCGGGUCUGGGCGGCUCUACAGGGGAGGGCACGACGGCACCAAGGGCCGAGAACAGUGCCUCCCGAGCGGCUUGGAGCUGCGCAGCUCUAGCCUGGCCGAAGCCGAGGGGGUCCGCUCCGAGGGGGACGGGAUGGGCGGCUCUAAGGAAGGUUCUGGAGGAGUCGACACGGGGGAAGAAGAGGGCACGCGGAGCGGCACCGCUCCAGAGGAGACUCUGGUGGGGCCAACACCAGGAAGUGAAGAAAGAAGGAGCCAGUGCAGGUCAUUGUAAACAGACCCCAGGCACCCUACUGAACUUGUUCAGCUAUUCUCCUGAAGAUAGAUGUCUGCACUCUUUUUCAAGUUUUGGCUAUUAUCAAUAAAA